AAAAAGGUUCUCAAAGGUUUUUUACAUAUAUAUAAAUAUAUAUUUAUUUUGUUUUCGUCAUGGAGAGGCACGCAGCGAGUUAUGAAAUUGAUACUGAGUCGUUGCCAGUCGCCAUAUGAUUGAAAUGCGCGGAAGUUUCCACUUGUCGUUUUCAAUUAGACAAGUGUACAACAGCCAAGUUAAGAGCAACAACACCAGCAACAACAAGAGAAACAGCAUUAAGCACGGGGAGCACUACAAAGCCAACUGGCAUCAGACAGCAUAGCCACAGUCGAACCACAGUCAACGUUGCGGCAACGUUGUCCAGCUAAGCACGAAGGAAAGCGAAGCAAAGGAUAUAGCAAAUAUCAGCAACGACAACGACAACGACAGGAUGACGCUGGAGCAGGAACAGCUGAUGCCGCCGCCCUAUGAAGCCGGCAUGGCCAUCAUCUGCAAGGAUCUAGAUAAAAGCAACCUGCAAGCCGCAGCCGCGGCCGCAGCCGCAGCCACCGCCACACAGAACAACAACAACAGCAAGGACAGCACUAAGGAUAGUGACAAACAGAGCAACAGCAAACAGAGCAAAUCGCAUAAGCGUAAAGAGAGCAGCCUACCUCUAGGCGAGCGCCACUUGGCCGUCCUGCGACAGGAGCUUAUGGUCUUCCUGGGCAACAGCGGCGUUCUUGGCUCCGGCAUGGUUGUCAGCAUGCCAAGCGUUACGCUCAACCAGCUGAGCGAUGAGACGCAACCAUUCUGGCUGAACAAGGACGAGGCCAGCUGGUUUGCCUCCAUCAACAACAUGGCCUGUCCGCUGGGUGGUCUGAUGGUUAGCUACUUUCUAGAUCGCAUCGGACGCAAAUAUACGAUUCUGCUGACGAAUGUGAUCGGCCUAAUUGGCUGGCUGUUGCUAGCGACAAGUUUUUUGCACACGAAUCGGGAUCUCGUCUAUGCUCAGAUGCUGGUGGGUCGGGCCUUUGGCGGCAUGAUGAUUGGCAUGUUUGUCUCGCCGGUGGGCGUCUACUCCGCCGAGAUCAGCCUACCGCGCAUCCGAGGCCGCUUGAUCUUGGGCACCUCGAUCGGGCUGGCAUCGGGGAUACUGCUGAUGUACCUGCUGGGCUACUUCAUACGGCAUAACGUGGUGCUCAUAGCGAGCAUCAGCUGCGCCUACCAGCUGGCCGCCACGCUGCUGGUGAUGCCCAUGCCGGAAUCGCCUAGCUGGCUGCUGCAGAAGGGCCGCAUCGAGUUGGCGCGCCGAUCGCUGCGCUAUUUCCGCGGACUGCACCGCAGAGAUGACGAUUGCGUGCCAGAGUUCGAGGCGGAGCUGACGCAAAUGAAGAUGACGGCGGACAAUAGCCGGGACACGGCAGCCAGCGAAUCCAUUAGCCAGGCCAUACGCAGGCCAGAGGUCUACAAGCCGCUACUUAUGAUGAUUGGGUUCUUUGGCUUCCAGCAGGCCUGCGGCGUUGUUGUCAUCAUUGUGUACGCGGUGCAGAUCGCUCAGAGAGCUGGCGUGACCAUCGACCCGGUGCUGGUGGCUGUCAUGCUGGGCGUGGCACGCAUCAUAACCACCUUCUUCAUGAGCAGCAUCUUCGAGAAGUGGGGCAGACGGCCGGCGGGCAUCUUCUCAGCCUCGGGCAUGGGCAUUUGUAUGCUCUUCUUAGCCACCGGUGGCUGGUGUCCCAGCACCGUGGGCACCUGGUCCUGGCUGCCCGUCGUCUGCAUUGUGGCGCACAUUGUGUUCUCGACGAUGGGCAUGCUGACGCUGCCCUUCAUCAUGAUAUCGGAGGUAUUUCCGCAGAGCGUGCGUGGCAGUGCGUCCGGCAUUUCGGUCUUCUUCGGCAUGAUCUUGGCCUUCAUCUGCCUGAAGAUCUAUCCGAAUAUGGAGGCGCUGCUCGGCACAUCGAAUCUGUUUGCCUUCUAUGCGAUCGUCUCGUUUGUGGCCGCCCUCUUCAUCUACAGCUUCGUGCCAGAGACGCGCGGACGCACACUCAUCGAAAUCGAGGAGCACUGGCGCAUGGGCCGACGGGGCAGACGGGCGCAGCGAGCCUCAGCGGCGGCCGUUAACAAUCUGAAGGACGUCGAGCUGCACGAGGUCUUCCUGAAAAAGUGAGUGAGGCCAGCUCGUGGCAAUGCAAUCUGUGAUGUGUUAAGUACUUAGCCUUAGCCAAAUGGAAUGCGGCAUUUUCUAUGGCAAACAACAACAACAACAACAAAUAACAAUAAAACAAACAAAA